AUGGCCAAUUACUGGAGAGUAUGCUGGUUAUAUUCAAGACACAUAACAAAAAUAAGAGGCAGCAAAUUGUAUAUUUCAAUCCUUCAAGAACUUAAUAAUAACCGUAUAAAAUAUGGGCAUGUACAUGGUAUGCUGAAAAAGGCCAUUAAUUUAGCAUUUGCUACAAACUCAUACGAAGAGUUAAUUGGCAUAUGUCAAGAUUUUUUGGUUAGAAAGCAGAAUACUUUAGAUCAAAAUCAGGUAAAGGAGAUAUUAAAUAAUGAAGAAUUAGACUUAGUAAAUCCAAUUAUUACAGUUAAAAAGGAAAGGCCACCAGGAAGGGUAAAAAAUGCUGUUGAAAUUCAAAAUAAGGAAAGCAGAAAACAUUGUUUAAAAUCAAUUAAUCUUAAUGUUCAAAAAGGUAACAAUAGAACUCAAUUAAUAGGUAAUAGCAGGGGUAAUAGAAAAACUUGUCAAAAUUGUGGGCAAAAAGGGCAUAACCGUACAACCUGUAAAUUUACUGGUUAA